CCCUCCAUAUCAUGUGAUUCAGGUGUUCCAAUCCCCUCCAUAUCAUGUGAUUCAGGUGCUCCAAUCCCCUCCAAUCAUGUGAUUCCGGUGUUCCAAUCCCCUCCAUAUCAUGUGAUUCAGGUGUUCCAAUCCCCUCCAUAUCAUGUGAUUCAGGUGUUCCAAUCCCCUCCGUAUCAUGUGAUUCAGAUGUUCCAAUCCCCUCCCAAUCAUGUGAUUCAGGUGUUCCAAUCCCCUCCCAACCAUGUGAUUCAGGUGUUCCAAUCCCCUCCAUAUCAUGUGAUUCAGGUGUUCCAAUCCCCUCCAUAUCAUGUGAUUCAGGUGUUCCAAUCCCCUCCGUAUCAUGUGAUUCAGAUGUUCCAAUCCCCUUCCCAUCAUGUGAUUCAGGUGUUCCAAUCCCCUCCCAACCAUGUGAUUCAGGUGUUCCAAUCCCCUCCAUAUCAUGUGAUACAGGUGUUCCAAUCCCCUCCAUAUCAUGUGAUUCAGGUGUUCCAAUCCCCUCCGUAUCAAGUGAUUCAGGUGUUCCAAUGCCCUCCCAAUCAU